AAAGUCGAAAGUUAGCAAGAAAGAAACUCAGCCGUUUUUUAAUCUCGCAGGUUUAGCAGUCAUGAGGCCUUAGUGUGGCUGGUGAACAUGAACUUAGCUUUGAGUUUGAUCAGAUACAUCUAAUUCAUUAUUUAACAAGGAGAAAGGUGGCUUGUCUGAUGGUAAAAAAACAAAAUGCAAUAUUUUUUAUUACUGUUCGUUCAUUUCAGUUGUAGGGGGACAAUUAAAGUAUAACUCAGCACUAUAAAAACCAAAAACAGGUCUAAUUCUUAGCCUAUAAAAUAGAUUCCUGAAUAAUAAUAGUAAUAUAAUUAUAUUACAGCAUCAACUGGUGUAAAUUACAGCAGGAAACCACAUCGUAAAAAAAACUAACUAUAAUGGUAAAUUUAACAAGAAUUGGCUUUUACUUCGACAUGGCUGAAGCUGUUCGUUUGACAAGUAUACCUGCAAAUGUGUUUUUUUUUUUCAGAAUUGCUGUUUGCAAUAGCCACAUACAUUCCACUUUGUUGCUAUGUAGAAAGCAAUCAGAUCCGCAUGUUAUCUCAAGAAAUCCAUUAAGUAACUCUCAACUAAAUCCCCGGCAGUAAAAACUCAGCAGGUCAGAUGUAAAACGGAUCUUCUCUCUACGAAAAUGCAGCUUAUCGGUCAUCUUUACAGCAGCCUAGAUUCCCACACAUAUCCCAAAUCACCAAAGCGACAUCCGUUUGGUGAAAGCACAUGAUGAUUUCCAAAGAUAACAAGAGGCAUUUACACAGGAAUCGCUCAGGGGGGAGGCUUGGGGCGAGGAGGGAGGCUCAGUGGAGGCUGUAUAAAUAGAGGCUGCUGAGGACGGAUGUUGUGUGAAUUUGAACAACAUGAGAUCGUCACUCAUACUAGGCGUUCUGCUCUGCUGCCUGUUGUGUGCCGCAAACCUUCAGGCUGAGGACAGCAGAAAUUCCAUGCGACUUUGUGGCCGGGCUCUUGUGCGAGCGUUGGUGUUCACCUGCGGAGGGUCCAGGUGGAGAAGACAACUGGAGGAGGAGGAGAAGGGCUUUCUGCCAGACGACUUCUGGGAAGUCAAAGGAGAAGAGCGAGACUUUGUGAAGUCAGGAGAACUUCCAGGGAUGGACUAUCAUCGCAGGGACCAGGACCAGGCCUUGAUAACAACGUGCUGUCAACAAGGCUGCCGAAGAAAUGAGCUGUCCAUGCUGUGCUAGAGGGGAAGCUCAUCUGUCAGAUACCGUCCUUCUCUGUUUAAAUAUUUCAGUCACAAAUGUAUCCAUAAUGUUGUGAUUUACCAUGUAGGCACGAAUAAAAGGCAUCAUGAAUGUU